AUGCCACAUGCCAUCUCUCGAUCAUCCAAGAUGGCCCAGACUGGGCGUUCUUCAGGUCUGCUUGCCAACAAGAACAUCUCUUCGAGUAUCAUUCAAGUGACAUUGAAGACACCAGGCAAGCAGGAAGACUUUAUAAUAGCUAACAAUACCUCGGUAAGGCAGUUCAAAGAGAAGCUAUCAGCUCACUUUAAAUGCCGAAUGGACCAACUAGUGCUGGUCUUCAUGGGCCGUCUUCUCAAAGACCAUGAUACACUGAGCCAGAGGGGCAUCCUGGAUGGCCACACCAUUCACUUGGUCAUCAUGUCUAAACAGGGCUCCAGAUCCCUGGCCCAUUCUUCCCAGAAACUGCAGACCAAUGAGCCCUGCCACAAGGACAGAAACACCAAAGAAAAAAGCAGUGUGGUAUACAAGCCUGCUCGUAUGAAUCUCAACCCAGUGGAAGCAGCCCUCUUUAUGGAGCCUGAUAUACCCCAUGCGUAUACCCAGGACCCAGAAGUGAGUGGUCCUGAGCACAUAGCACAGACACUGGAGGAUCCUAGUGCCCAGUGUCUUCCGUUCACCAUGGACCUCAUGAAACAGUUCAUCUUAGAACACCCAGAAAUCCAACAAUUGCUGCAGCAGAACCCAGAAGUCUUACACAUCCUUGACAAUUCUGAGAGCCUAUGGCAGACGCUGGAGCUGGCCAGGAACCUUGCCUUGAUUCAAGAGCUCAUGAAGAUCCAGCAACCUGCACAGAAUCUUGAGCAUCAACUGAAUCUACUGUCACAGCUGGGUACAGACACAAUCCCAGGUGGGGACAAUGCUCUGGGUCACAUAUAUACAGAUGCCAAUGACCAAAUCCUCAAUAGCUCACAAGAUCCCUUUGGGGGCAACCCUUUCACAGCUCUCCUGGAAGGACAAGUGCAAGAACAUGUCCAGUCCUCACCCCAUUCUCCACCAUCAACCCAGGAAAUGCGUGACCAGAUCCCACAAUUUCCUAUAAUCCAAGAUAUCUAUACCAGUCCUUGUGGUUUACCUUCAAUCAUCUCAGCCAAUGCUACUCCCAACAAGGGGAACCAUACUUCUAGGGCUACUAAUGCCACUAAGUCCACCAAGGGCCAGAGUCAUACUUGUGACAUUCAGCAGCCAGCUGGGGUACCAGCCUUAUCUCACAUAGAGAUCACACAGCUACUUAAGGCAGAGUGCAAAGAAGAAACCAUCUCCCAAGAUAGCUCUGACCAAAGAUUAGAGGGUGAUUUCCAACUAUCGGAAGAGCAGACCAGUUCUCAGAUCAUAGGAAGCAUGAUGCAAUUGCUUUUGAACAAUCCCUACCUGGCAGUCCAGAUGAUGUUGUUCGUGAAUAUGUCCCAGAUGAGUGAACAGUGGAGGCAGCAGCUGCUCACCCUCCUGCAGCAGACGCAGCUUUCUGACAUGCUUAUAGCUCUAGCCAACCCUAAGGCAUCUCAAGCAAUAUUGCAAAUUGAGCAUGGUCUGCAGCUGCUGGCCACCGAGGCUCCUGUUCUUCUGUCCUGGAUUGCACCUUACCUCUGGGGCUUUGGCUCUCUUCCUGCCCCCAGCUGCAGCUACCCUGACACAGUGCCCUGGGACUGGGAUGUGCCAGAUAUGGCUGAGGCCAAAGGGCCUGAAUGCUGCCACAAAUCUGGAGCAGUCAUGCAGAGGGAACAGUUCCUGGCUGAAGAUCCUUCCAGCUUUCUACAAGCCCCCGAGAUUCGUUUCAGCAAGCAAAUGGAAUCUCUUCAGGCCAUGGGAUUUAAGAACCACCACGCCAAUUUGCAGGCGCUCAUUGCCACUGACGGGGACACCAGCGCAGCUAUUCGCAAGCUCAAGAGAUCCCAGGGACUCUAA